GAUGGUUGUAGGUGUGUUUGCCGGCUCUCUCGAAGAGACUGGAAUAAUUUAACCGCGGUGAUUUAACGCAGAAAACAGAGCGAUGUCUCCUGACGAGCUGGUGUAUUUGGGAGUUCUCGCUGCCUCCAUCCCUGUUGGAUUCCUCUUCCGUUACCUCAGUCCUCCUGGGAAGCAGGGGGCAGCUCUGCUUCUGGGCCUCUCUGUUACCAUCGCUACCUGUCAGGUCCACACACUCCACUCUCUGGUGACAGUGAUUGGAACAUGGAUUAUUAUAAAGAGCAGCUGGCAGCACGCCCCUGCAUUGAGUCUCACCUGGACCUUCCUCUACCUCCUCUUCUUCCGGUUGGUCACUUGGUUCGGUUUGCCACAGCCGACACCUUUUUCCAACGCCAUCCAGCUACUUCUCACUCUUAAGAUGGUGAGUCUGGCCAACGAGGUGCACAGUUUCCACACGGAGAAGAAAAAGGACGUGAGCUCCUUUGCAAAGUCUCCUGUCAUUGGUGGUCUGGCUCAGGAGCCGUCUCUCUACGAUAUUAUGUCCUAUAGCUACUGUUAUGUCGGUAUAAUGACCGGGCCGUUCUUUCGCUUCCAAACAUACAUGGACUGGCUGAAGCAGCCCAGUCCACUGACCCUGCCCAGCUGGGUGCCGUGUCUGCAGCGUCUGAAGCUGGUUCCUGUCUACGGCGCUCUUUUCCUGGCUGUCAACUCUGUCUUUCCUCUGGCUUACGUUCGCACAGACGAGUUCUUGGAUGAAAACUUCCUCUUCAGGGUCUUCUACAUGAUCGCAGUGUUCUUCGUGUUCAGGAUGCGUUUCUAUGCAGCGUGGUGUGGAGCUGAGGCUGGUUGCAUCAGUGCCGGUCUAGGCUGCUAUCCAGAAAAGGCUCUUUGCAAACCUGGAGGAGGGCCCACUGUCAACUAUAGCUCUGAUCCUGCCGUUGAGGAGAAAUAUGACUUUAAAACCAUCCAGAACAUUGACUGCUACAACACUGACUUCUGCGUGAAGGUGCGACACGGCAUGCGUUACUGGAACAUGACAGUGCAGUGGUGGCUGCAUCACUACAUCUACCCCAACUCUCCCUUCAAAGCCUACACUCUCAGGGCCGGCUGGACCAUGUUCAUCAGCGCCUAUUGGCAUGGACUACAUGCUGGCUACUACCUCUCCUUCCUCACCAUCCCUCUGUGCAUCGCAGCGGAGUCCGCCAUGGAGGCCUCUGUCCGAGCCAAACUUGGUCCUCGUGGACAGAACAUCUUUGACUGGAUUCACUGGUUCUUGAAGAUGAGAGCCUACGAUUAUAUGUGCAUGGGCUUCGUGCUGCUGAAGGCCUCCGACACCAUCCACUACUGGACAUCUAUCUACUUCAUCAUGCACGUCAUCGCUGUUUGCUGUAUAAUAGUGGGCAGGGUCUUGAAGGGAGGGAAAAGGGAAGGGAGGAGGGGAGAAAAGGAGGAUAAAAAAGAGGGAGAAAAGGUAGACAGCAGCAAAGAAAAUACUGGAGAGAAAACAGACUGAAUGGGGGUACAAUAAAGAACUGGUUGGAUAUUUUUGGGACAUCAGUAAAAGUUAAGAAUAUAACUUCCAAUAUUACACCAUCACUCAUUUUUCUAGCAACAAACGUCACACAGGUCCAGUAAUAUUUCUUGUACGAAAAGGUAAAAAUUAAACUCUUUCUAAAAAAACAAUGAAAAAUACAAUGAAUUUGACAUUUAGGAAAUUAGAAAAGGUGUGACAUGUAAAUCUGGUACAAAAUCACCACUGGAGACAUUUUUUAUAUGUACAUAAAAGUACUGUGAACUCUGGUAUAGGAAUGUUUGCGCUCAAUGAAUGUUACUUUUGUAGUGUGAUUGGUUGGUGGGGUGUAAAUAAUUUAUUCAAUCCUCUCCUCAUAAGUGAAUCUGCCUGUACAGUUUGUGUGAUUUUAUGUCAAGAUAUGACGCCCAGUUUGAAUUGUUUUGGAUUGGUUUUACUGGUCAGAAUGGGCUCAAAUGAUGCUUUUGGGGCAGAUUGUGGAGUGAAUCAAACAACAGGCAGCUCAACCCUCAUAAUGAUAUUACUCAAAUUAAAAGAGCAACAACGGGACCGUGAUUGAACUGAUGUGACGCCAAAACAUUCCAACAGCAGACCACCUGUCCUGACCUCUAUUUUAAUGCUAAUCCAUUUUUUGUGUCUCAUAAGCAUUAAUCACAGUUUUCCAAUUCAAAGAACCAAAUUUGAGCAUUUUGCAUCUCACAGUUUUUUUUAAUACAAUCCAAAUAAAAUUACUGUGACGGUUAAAUGCAGAAACAAAUUCAGUUGGAAAAGUGGCUGUGAAGCCCUUUUCAGCAGACUUUUCCACUUCAAACUGGCAGUUUUAGGGAGCAAAGCAAGUUGUGUUUACAUUUUUAUUGUUUCAUAAUGACAUUAAGGAUUUAUUUCAACUGAGAUUUUGGUUUAAAUAACUUAAAUCAUUCUCAGUAUUAUGAUGUUACUCAUUUUAUUGUGGCUGAACAUUUCCGGGGCUUUAGCCGCUUGAUGCAGUGAUUUCUCUGUUUGGAUUUUUUUUCCUUAACUGUUUUGCUGCCUGUAAUUGUGAGGAAAUCAUACAAGAACAUAUGCACAUCUGUAUAGCAGGGAUGUAUCCAGUGUAGAGUGUGCCAUGUGAAACAUGGCUAACCAUUUGUUCACUGCCAAAACAUCUGUACUGCCAUCAAGGACCAUCCAGGGUUGGGAGCAAACAUUUGAUUAAAAGAAAUGUUCCACAUCAUAACUAUAAGCUGCCAACUUAAGUCUGAAUAACAGCACAGCUGGGUGAAAUGGUUGAAAUCAUUAUCAUAAUGUGAAUUUGGUCAUGGUUUCUAAUAUCUAUCUACUGUAGAUGACAGUAGGGCAAAUGUAUACAAAACCACAGAGCAAACAGAUGAAACAAAUAACUACUUUUGUUAAUAGAAACUUGCUUUGAAACAUGUUUUUGGCCAACAGAAAUGUCUAUUGUAAUAUGAUCCUCAUAAUAUAUUUCUGCUAAACAUGUAUAAAUUAUGAAUUAUCGCUCAACCCUACAUACAGAAAACUACAGCUGGAAAACUUGUCGAGGGUUUCUUCACUCACUCCUGUCUCAAACCGUGUGAUAACUGGUUCAUACAAGCAGAUUAGAAAGGUUAUAGAGCUACUGCUUCUCCCAAAUCUUUCUCAUUAUUUGAAUUACAAAUUUGUUUUUGUGUUUCCCAGUUUAUCCUUCAGUCUCUCUGUGCCAAAACCCCUUGUGGAAAUUGUUCCCUUUGUUUCUAUUAUUGCACAGUGAUGAUUGUGAAUUACAUGCUCUUGACUGCUCAUCUCCACACUAUUUAUUUUCCAGCCUUUUGUCUUGUUUUGUGUUAAUUUGUCAUCUUUGGCCUCACAUAUUGCAACAACUGCAACACUCCCUGCUCAGUAACUAUGUUACAUAUAAAAUUCAUAUCAGCAUUUCCUCACAAA